GGUGGAGCGAACGACUGAAUUAAAUCGAGUUGAACUUUUUAUCAAAAGCACCCAGCGAUGGGAAAGCGUGCGGAAAAGCUAAGAAAAUGUGGAUGGUUCCUCGUCCUGCCAUUGGCCACUUGCUUGGUCCUUUGUGCGCCGACGCCGGCUAUGACGUCAUCGGUACUGCUGAAGGACGAAGCUCCUGGGGAUGCUGCGUUGGCAAUGCGGGCCGCAGCCAAAAUCCUUGAAGACGCCAAAACCGUCAGCGCAGUUCAGGAUUGGAGUUUGCUGUGUAAAGAGCUCUGCGGAGCUGGCCUGGGCGUUGUUUCAACGCCUGAAGAGGCCAAGGACACGAUCCUGAGACCAGAGUCGAAAGUGGCCAAGUGCCGGCAGUUGUGUGGACUGUCUAAGGAUGAUUGGGGCGAUCGAGUUUGUUCGACGUUUUGUCGUCAACAAAAUCGCGCCCUUUCCGGCUGCAGUUCCUGCCAGCAGGCGGUGCCUGGCGUGGAGAAGGAUGUGGAGGAGAUGAAAAUGGCCAGUGAAAUGCAAGAUGAUGCUGCACAUGGUUCCGGAUCCGUGACAUCACCCAAACCAGUCGAAGUGGUGGCCAUCGCGGCCUCCGAAACGGAAACAACGACUGCGUCUCCGGACUGGAACGAAUUGUGCAAGGCACUCUGCAAGACUGGCGAUGGCGGGUCUUUGUGCAACUGUGAUUUAUCGCCGUUCUUCAGUUGAGGGGUUCCAGUCUCUUCAAACGGAUGAGGAUCCCUCGCGAUGGAGGUGCUAGAUCACAAAACCGAUUAUAUAUAGUUCGAGUUAUGUUGUUCUUCGUUUUUUGACUUGAGUUAGUGCUAGUGUUGUCUUUAUAUAAAUAUUCCUUAUAUAUUUCAUAUUCAAAAUCUUGUUGCGAAAGUUUAGUUCAAUACUGUAAAGAACAUAAAAAGAAAACUAUAAGAAACCGCAAAAAAAAAAACUACAAUAUGAAGGAGG